AUGACGGGGAUGAGAUUUUGUGGACUUGUUUAUGCGGGGUUGUACGGUUACUUGGUGCUUUUUGCAGUUGCUCAGAUUACAGAUCCUUCAGAAGUCAGCGCAUUGGUGGCAGUCAAGAACAGAUUAAUUGAUCCUAUGAACCAUCUCGGAAACUGGAACGAGGGAGAUCCAUGCCUAUCAAAUUGGACCGGAGUUUUAUGUUUUGACACAAUUGAUGAGACUGAUGGUUACUUGCAUGUUCAGAAUCUGCAUCUCCUGAACAUGAAUCUUUCGGGAAGUUUAGCGCCUGAGCUUGGCCAGCUAUCUCGUCUUCGAAUAUUGGAUUUCAUGUGGAAUGAUCUGACAGGAAGCAUACCAAAGGAGAUAGGGAAUAUAUCAUCUUUACUACUCUUGCUAGUUCCAUUCGGCAAGGCAGUUAUAUUUGUUCCACUCAUUUUUUCUACUGAUAUAUCUGAAUAUUGCAGUCACUUGAACAACAAUUCAAUUGUUGGUCAACUUCCACCUGAGCUUUCCAAUUUAUCCAGACUUCUUCAUUUGCUUGUGGAUAAUAAUAACUUGACUGGAUCUCUCCCACCAGAAUACUCAGAGUUGCCGACAUUGCACAUAUUUCAACUUGAUAACAAUAACUUUAGUGGGACAGAAAUUCCAGCCACUUACGAAAACUUUUCCAGCUUAUAUAAAUUAAGUCUAAGAAAUUGCAGCUUGCAGGGAGCCGUUCCUGAUCUUAGCAGGAUUCCAAGGCUUUACUAUCUGGAUCUUAGCAGGAAUCAGCUUACUGGACCCAUACCAUCAAAUAAGCUUUCUGAUGAUAUAACAACCAUUGAUCUGUCAGAAAACAGUCUUAAUGGAUCAAUCCCAGCAAGUUUCUCAGAUCUUCCUUCUCUUCAGAGACUGUCACUUGAUAACAAUUUUUUGGAUGGUUCUAUCCCGGCUAGCAUAUGGCAGAACAUGUCCGUGAGUUCAAGUGCUAGACUGUCACUUGAUCUGAGGAACAAUAAUUUCUCAAGCGUUUUAGGAGAUCUAAAUCCUCCAAACAAUGUCACACUAAGGCUCGGCGGCAAUCCUAUCUGCACAAGUGCAAACAUACCAAACAUAGACCAAUUCUGUGAUUCUGAAGCAGAAGACGAUGAGACAAUUACAAAUUCCACCAAUUCAAAAUGUCCUAUUGAGGCAUGUCCUACAGAUAUUUUCUACGAAUAUGUCCCAGCAUCUGGUGAUUUAUGUACCUGUGCAGCACCUCUGAGAAUUGAAUACCGGCUGAAAAGUCCUAGUUUCUCUUAUUUCGAUCCAUAUGCCAACCUUUUUGAAGCAUACGUGACUAGUUCUCUCAACUUAAGCAUUUAUCAACUAUCAGUUGAUUCAAUUGCUUGGGAGAAAGGACCUCGUCUAAGGAUGUAUUUGAAGCUGUUUCCUCAUGCCAACUCAAGUACGUUUAAUACAAGUGAGGUGCAGCGAAUUAGAGACAUAUUUACAUCCUGGAAAUUUCCUGGUGAUGACCUAUUUGGACCUUAUGAGCUGCUCAACUUCACUCUCCUGGGACCUUAUGCCAGUAUAAAUCCUGAGACUCAAAGGACAGGUAUUAGUAAAGGUGUUUUGGCAGCAAUUGUAGUAGCAGCCAUUGCCAGUGCUGUGGUAAUAUCUGCAGCCGUAACAUUUCUGAUGACAAGAAGACAUGCCAGAAAUCAGCGCUCCCUGUCAAGAAGGCGGAUGUCCACAAAGGUUUCAAUGAAAAUUGAUGGAGUGAAGGGCUUCAAGUUCAAAGAAUUGGCAUCGGCAACUGACAACUUUAACCGCUCAACUCAAGUUGGUCAAGGAGGUUAUGGAAAGGUUUAUAAAGGCAUUUUAUCUGACAAUACAGUAGUCGCCAUAAAACGAGCAGAAGAAGGAUCUUUACAGGGCCAAAAAGAAUUCUUGACUGAGAUAAAAUUAUUGUCAAGGUUACAUCAUCGGAACCUGGUUUCUUUGUUGGGCUACUGUGAUGAAGAAGAGGAGCAGAUGCUGGUGUAUGAGUUCAUGCCUAAUGGCACCUUGAGAGACUGGCUUUCUGGUAAAGCUAAAGCAUGCCUUAAUUUUGGUAUGAGGGUCCGCACUGCAUUAGAUUCAGCUAAGGGGAUUCUUUACCUCCAUACUGAAGCAAACCCGCCUGUGUUCCACCGAGAUAUCAAAGCCAGCAACAUACUUCUUGACUCCAAGUUUAUUGCUAAAGUUGCUGAUUUUGGACUCUCACGACUUGCUCCGGUCCUAGAUGAUGAAGGAACCAUGCCAACUCAUGUUUCCACAAUUGUCAAGGGAACACCAGGCUACCUCGAUCCAGAAUAUUUUCUAACUCACAAGUUGACAGAUAAAAGUGAUGUUUAUAGCCUCGGAGUUGUACUCCUGGAGCUCUUGACGGGUAUGCAACCAAUAUCACAUGGAAAAAACAUAGUUCGCGAGGUGAAUGUAGCUCGUGAAUCGGGCUUGAUGCUCUCCAUCAUAGACAAUAGAAUGGGGUCUUGCCCAUCUGAAUGCAUCCAGAGGUUUUUAGCUUUGGCCCUCAAUUGUUGCCAUGACAAGACAGAACGACGGCCAUCCAUGUCAGAUGUAGUGAGGGAGCUAGAAACCAUACUGAAGAUGAUACCAGAAACUGAUGCCACAUUUUCUGAAUCCACCUCAAUGCAUUCUGGCAGCAAAUCAACAUCAGCAUCAGCUUCUUCAUCGUUCAUGACGAGGGAUCAAUAUUUUUCAUCUAAUGUACUAGGCAGUGACCUUGUGAGUGGUGUCAUUCCCACCAUUUCACCUCGUUAACACCCUGAAAAGGAGUUUUAAUAUGGUUUUUCAUGUGCAGUAGUAGUUUUAGCAUGAGGAAUAUGUAACUUGGAUCUUGCCCUUGUUUAAAAUUCC